GAUCCAAAAUGGCAACGUCCGGCUGUCAGUUUCACAUUUCGCACUGAUUCUUCUGAACAGCUAAAGUUAGCUAACUAGCUGCUUCAGCGACAACGCGGAACUACCACAGAGCUGGGGACAGUUGGACAUGGCAGAGCAGGAGCCAGCCGAAGGACUUCAGGAUCUUGAAAAGAAAAUCGAGGAGAUCAGACUGAGAUUCAAGAAUGAGUUACUUCAAGAUUCAAUAGAAAGGUACGACCCCAGAGAUGUGGAGAAGCUGCAGAAUGAUAAUGCUCUGGUGGAAGGAUACCUGGCGUGGAGGUUUCAUGUUGUCGACGAUGCUUUAAAGAUGAUCGAUGAGAGUUUCAUGUGGAGAAAGGAAUAUGGUGUAAAUGACCUUACAGAGAGCACCAUUCCCAGGUGGAUGUUUGAGACUGGUGCUGUCUACCUCCAUGGCUAUGACAAAGAGGGCAACAAACUCUUCUGGUUUAGGGUGAAGCUGCACGUCAAAGAUGCAAAAACCAUCCUGGACAAGAAGAAGUACGUCGCCUUCUGGUUGGAACGGUAUGCGAAGAAAGAACCUGGGAUGCCACUCACCGUUGUAUUUGACAUGACAGAGUCUGGCAUUAGCAAUAUAGACAUGGAAUUUGUAAAGUACGUCAUUAACUGCUUCAAAGUGUAUUAUCCAAAGUUUUUAUCCAAAAUGGUGAUAGUGGAUAUGCCUUGGAUCAUGAAUGCUGCGUGGAAGAUUGUGAGGUCGUGGUUGGGUCCCGAGGCAAUCAGCAAGCUCAAGUUUGCUUCCCGAGCCGAGAUCCAGAUGUUCAUCAGUUUAGAGUACCUGCCUCCUCACAUGGGUGGAACAGACCUCUUCAAGUACAACUACCCACCUCUUCCUGAUGAUGACUUCCAGUCGCCCAUCAGUGAAAACGGACUUCUUGUCAUGGACGACGACGCCGAGAGCAAAAUGGGCGAUGCCGAAAGCACCUCUGAGAUUGUGCCAAAGCCCAAAAAGGUCAAUUUCCUGGAAGACAGUUUGAGGUCAGAGGACAGCGAUAGGGGGGAUGCAAGCAUUAGGAUCAAAGGAGCCAGGAAGCCGGUGACCACCUUCAAAGGUCUUCUUCUAGAUGUUAGCCCUGCAGAAGAACUGUGCUUUGGUUCUGGAGACAAUGAGAGGAAAUGCCUCAUUAUCUUGAGCAAUGUGACCAAAAAUCAGGUGGCCUUUAAGGUUCGAACCACAGCACCUGAGAAGUAUAGGGUGAAGCCCAGCAGCAGCAGCUGUGAACCAGGAUCUUCAGUAGAUAUAGUCGUGUCCUUACAUGGAGGUUCCCAGGCCUCUCCGCAUGACAGGUUUUUGAUCAUGGCUGCAGAAAUGGAAAACAUUGGCUCACAAGAACUUGCACAGUUCUGGAAAGAAGUACCAAAAGCAAAGAUUAUGGAGCACCGAUUGCGUUGUCAUACUCUGGAUAGUGUUAAAGCUGCAGUGGACCCUCUCAAGGAGAGCCCAAUGGAGACCUUCACCAGUGGCCAACAGGAGCUCAGCACUGCACUCAUGCGAUUGAUGAACUGCAACUCCCGUCUGGAGCAGAAGGUGAACUCGUGUCUGUGGCUGCAGAAGGUUCUCACGGCGUUGGUGCUGGUCCUCGCAGUGCUCAACCUACUGUGCCUCUACGUGCUGGGUACGGCUCAGCGGCCAUCCUGACCCGCCGCAGCGUCCUCCGCCUAUGUCGGUCAGCCUCGGAUGUGCCGGGGCUGCAGUUGACCUCCCAAAGGACUGUGAUCCUGCGCUCCCCCCACCCACCAUCCCUCCUCUCAGGCUGGUGUCUCGCAGAGGAGCUGACUUUAAGGACGUGAGCUGACGGGGAGUCCAAAUCUGAAGAGAGCUUGUGCUUUUCUCUUCUCCGCCAUUCCACAGUUAA